CUUUUUAACAGUAAUGAAACAAUAUGCAAACCUGAACCCAGCUAUGCCUUGAACGUCAAACUUUUCCAAAUUUUGCAGUGCAGUUCUCCAGUCAAGUAAUGCAUACUAGGGUAAAGUGUACAUAACAAUGCAUAUUUUAGUGAAAUAACAUUUUAAAAUGCAUUAUAUUUGCAGACAUCACUUUGCAAAAAUGUUUACACUGGGCAGAACUUCAUACAAAAAUAUGAAUAUUAGGAGAAAUUUGUACUAAAAUGCUGGUGGCCUUUUUUUAAAAAAAAAAUCACAAACUGAUAUCAGAAUGUAAACUUAAGAUUGGAAAAAUGAGAAACAGAGAGAAAUCAAAACUGACAGAUCCACCCAUAUUUAUAUCUUUGCCUGCCAAAAAUUGAGUAUUGGUUUGAAUCAGGAACAUAUAUCCUAUAUGCGAUUGAAAACAGAAUUUAAGAUUGGGGGGAAAAGAGAAAUGGAGAGAAACCCAAACAGACAGAUUCACCCAUCUCUAUGUCACACAAUGCCUAGCAUACCUGGUAACUCUAUAUCAAGUAACUCUCAUUGCAGGGUUGUGCCAAAGAACUACCAGCAUAUUCUGGCACUGGUAUUUGCUGUCAAGGAGAUCAAUGAGAAUCCUGAGAUCUUGCCAAAUGUCACCUUGGGAUUUCACAUCUACGAUAGUUAUUACAAUGAAAGGAUGACCUAUCGGGCAACUCUGGAGCUUCUAUUCACACAGCAGAAAUUUGUUCCCAACUACAAGUGUGACACUCAGAAAAGUCUGUUGGCUGUCAUUGGGGGACUUGAUUUUGAAACCUCUCUCCAUAUGGCAGCCAUCCUGGGUGUUUACAAGACUCCACAGCUCCACCCCUUUCUUAGGAAUGUCUCAUUUAACAACAGCGUGGGAGAAACAGUGUCUUUUAGUGAGAGUGUGGAAUUGAAGAACGGAUUCGAUAUUACCAAUUUUGUCAUUUUCCCAAAUAACUCCUUCCUGAGAGUCAAGUUUGGGAAAAUAGAUUUGGAGGCUCCCACAGGCAAGGAAUUUUCAGUUGAUGAUGAAAAAAUGGUGUGGCACAGAAGCUUUAAGCAGGUUCCACCCCUUUCUACAUGUAACCCAAAUUGCCCUCCUGGCUCCAGCAAGAAAAAGAAGGAGGGGGAGAAAUUCUGCUGCUAUGAUUGUUCUCCAUGCCCUCAAGGCAAGAUUUCAUCCCAAAAGGACAUGGACAAUUGCGACAGAUGUAGUGAAGAUCGAUAUCCAGACAAAGGCCAAUCACAAUGCAUUCCAAAGGCAAUAAUCUUCCUGUCUAUAAAAGAGCAUCUAGGGAUGAGCUUGGCUUCUUUGGCUCUUUCUCUCUCUCUGCUCACAGUGUUGGUUCUAGCCAUCUUUAUUAAAAACCAGGACACGCCAAUCGUCAGAGCCAACAAUCGGGAUCUCACCUACGCUCUCCUCACUUCCCUCCUGCUCUGCUUUCUCUGCCCUUUGCUCUUCCUCAGCCCACCAGAAAGAGUGAUCUGCCUUCUCCGACAAGUUGCUUUUGCUGUCAUUUUCACAGUGACCGUUUCUUGUGUGCUGGCCAAAACCAUCACCGUGGUUCUGGCCUUCAUGGCCACUAAACCAGGAUCCAUAAUGAGGAAAUGGGUGGGGAAAAGACUGGCAGGCACCAUUGUGUUUUCUUGUUCUCUUAUCCAAGCAGGUAUUUGCACUGUGUGGCUAAGAACCUCUCCCUCAUUCCCCCAUCUUGACAUGCACUCCAUGGUGGGAGAAAUGAUACUGGAAUGUAAUGAAGGGUCCGUCGCCAUGUUUUACUGUGUUCUUGGUUACAUGGGCUUCCUGGCUAUGGUCAGCUUUGUUGUGGCAUUUUUAGCUAGGAAACUGCCAGACAGCUUUAAUGAGACCAAAUUUAUAACCUUCAGCAUGUUAGUGUUUUGUAGUGUCUGGAUAUCCUUUGUUCCAGUUUACUUGAGUACCAAAGGAAAAUACAUGGUGGCUGUGGAGAUCUUCUCCAUCUUGGCCUCUAGUUCUGGCCUGCUGGGUUCCAUCUUUGCUCCCAAAUGCUACAUUAUUGUACUGAGGCCCUAUUUGAAUAGUAAGGAGCAGUUAAUAAAGAGGAAAUUCUAACAUAUUCCAAGACCUGCAAUUUCUGCCAUCAUGCUUUCCUCCAGUGAGAUGUUAAUACUGUUGAUGUGGUGAACAAAUGAACAUGUCUUACAAAUAAACAUGGAUGAUCUUA